GGAGCGGAGCGCCGCAGAGCCGGGCACGGCACCGAGCGGGGCGCGCAGGAUUACGGCUCUGCGCGCUGGAAGCGGGAGCCAGCAGAGGGAUUAGUAGGGAAGGGCAGAGGGAGCAGGAUUUAUCAGCUUUUCAGAGAUGCAUUACGGCCUUUUGUAAUAUUUCACUGGAUUGCACAGGACUUUGCCUGGCUACAACAGUGGUUCCUCAGCCACAGAAGAGAGGUGAGGUUUUUCCUCUUUUUCUUACACCGUUCAGUAUCUGCCUCUGUGAGCCGUGUGCCAGCUGGCCUGGGCACGAGCAAUAACCAGACAACUUUUUCCAGGCUGAGGUAUCAGCAUUCAUUGCAAUCUCAAUGACUAUUUGUUUCACUAAUUAAUCCACAGCAUCUAAUUCAAGGGGUUUAGCGGCAUUAUUUACAAAGACUGCAGGUUGCUCUCGAGAUGCCCUUCCCCAAGCAUCCGUGGAACAUUACACUUGAAAAGUCAGCAAUGGAUACUGCAAGUGUAUGUGUGUGUGUCACAGGCUAGUGAGGCAGGCUGGAAUGUUCAGCUUCUCCCAUCAGUUUCUGGAGCAUCACUGUGCUGAAUAAAUAGACUCUAUCAAUGUUUAGUAGGUGAAUGUUGCAGGAAUUCAGAUAUUGAGAGUUUAUGAAAGACAUUUCUAAAACACCUAUGAUUAAGUUACAGAGCUCUGUGUAAUUUUAAUUCUAGUAAUUUCCUUGUACACAGGGAAAGAUCUCAUCUUGUCGACCCUGUGGGCUAAGGCAAACAUAAAUAUAUGGUACAUUUGUUAUAACAUUCUUGUGCAAAACUUCAACUACAGACCACAUAGGAGCUUCUGGAAACCAUAGAUAGAGCAUUAUUUGCUGGGUGGUUGAUCACUUAAUACCUAAGAACAUACAUCAUUCAUGAAUGUUUUAUUGUUAAUUAAAUACUUUUGAGAUACAGUAAUAGUUUGCUGAAAGCUUUCAGUUUGUGAGAGAAUGGUGACAACAGACUGUAUGCUACCUCUUGAGCACAUAUCACUCUGUUUACAGAAUGCACACACAUGGAAUUGGAAGCACAUGUACCCCUGAAAUGUGGGUAUGCAUGUGUCUGCACGCAUCUGUUCCAUACUGGCAUGGAAUUAGUCCUGCUGAUUACUGCAUUAUGACUUGAGCUAGGUAAAAAGUGUGGGAUUAAUGGAGAAAUACCACAGUGUGAUCUCUGCUCAAGCUGUCCCUGAGCACUUUCCAAGUCAGCACUCUCACAAUAAGCCUUGCUGGACCAUCUGCCUCCCGCAGGCUCCCUUUGCAUACCCCACCUCAAAAUCACCAACAACAUUAUUGUCUGGAUUUACACCUAUGUAUGCUAAAAAAUUGGUCUUAAAAAGCUGAAUAUCUAGUGAAAGUGCCACUAGGAAAGGAUUUGCACAAGUUAGUGCCAACUUCUCCAGCUUCAGGCUACAGCUCUGCUCUGUGGCAUUGCCUUUGCCUUCCAAAGUUGAAUUAUCUGUCUCUCUAAAGCACCUCCUCUAUUGGAUAAAGAGGGUAUAAUAUAUUUAAAUUUGUGUUACUUUCAACUUGAUUUGACCAGUUAAUGGACUAUAGAGUUUUUCACCAUCUUUCUGCUAACUCCACAUAAAGAUUUUUUUCUUGUUUGUCAUAGUUUGGUGUUAUUUAAAGGUUUUAACACAAUCUCACCAUCAAAGAUAAUUUUGCAAUCUGAUUACAUCUUGUAGCAAGCCCACCUGUAGCAAGUCAUGGUAAACUUGCUGGAGAGCCCUCUCAAGCUGCAAGACUUGUCACUACAGCAUGCGGAGAAAUUUGUGUGCUUCUACCUAAUUUCCAGUUUGGUGGCAGACCUCCCUUGUUGGAGGGAGGGAGACAUGUGGGGUCAGCACAGUCACGUCCUUUAGCAAGGAAAACUUUGUAAGUUGUAAGAAGUGCUUAAAGUUUCUCAGAAUGAUUGGAAUAAGGGGAACUGCAAACAGUUGGGAGGGUCCCAACAUCAAAUCUGUGGCUUAAGAGUUUUACCUCCUAUAUGCAUUCACACAAUUUGAUAUUUGUCUUGACUUUCCAAAACACUGAGAAAAUGGCAGCAUGUAUCCAAGGAAAAGGCUGCAAGACAGAAUCCUUCAGCUGAGGCCUGACUGCAUUUGUCCUCAAAGAAAGCUGACAAAAGAAAGGAGAGACAGGGCAGAGGGAUGGAUUUUUCUAAAAAUAGUAAUCAUAAGUCCAAUUCCCUUCAGUUUACAACAAGAAACAUUAUCUUGCUUCCUUGCCAGCAACUCUGAAUUUGCAAAAUCCUUCUGGUCUUUAGACAAGGACCAACUCUUGAUGACCUGCAGCUGUCAAUGCAGCACUGACCUGAGCUUCUGUGUGGAGCACACAUUAAGGGACAGUCCCCAGUUAAGCAACCCUUCACCUGCAAGUUUGGGGCUGUUUUUCAGUGUCUUCAGCCUUUACCAGCAUUCAUGGCAUCACUGAAAAUAUUCAGUCUUCCCUUAAAAAUUCUGUAAAUGCUCCUUCCGCUAGGAGAGUAAAAUUGCCAAGAACUUUAUCAUGUUACUUUUAUUUUUCUCUACAAAUAUGUGAAUGCAGCUGCCUAGUGUGAUAUCUAACUCGGUCAGAUUUUGUGAGCUCCUUUUGGAAGCAAGGUACUGAUCUGCUUUUCCUUAUAGCAACUCUUUUGGUGACAAGAGAUCCUUUCCUGAAGUCCCAGCACCCUGUAGAUCUGUGCUUCCACUCUCCAUUCCCAAAGCUGAUAAUUUCCAGUGCUAAUUAUUGCCCUUUUUUUCAGUGCAGUGUUAACCCUUUCAUUGCCCUCUUCACCUAGAGGUCUCCUCUGCCAUUUAACCAUUCUCACUGCCCAUCAAUUAUCCAUCAUUGUCUUUUCAAUUGUAAUUUUAUGAUUUUAUUAACAACUUCAAAUCCUUAUGGUCCUAAGCCCCCUUUGGCUGUGAGAACUGAUAAAUAGGAAUAAAGGCUUGUUUUCUUCCAUUUCACUUCGUUCAUUUUAGGUGAAACAUGCAUGAAAAAGACAAAUGCCACAUUUUCUAUUACAGAUACUAGUUCUUUCCUCCUUAGUCUUUCCUUUUAAAUAUCAUAAUCAGAAGUGAUGCCCUUCAGCUCUUUUAGGCAUACUUUGAUGAUAUUGCAAUAUGCAGUUUAUGGAAAAAUCAAAUUACAGUUUUUAUUUCAGCAGCAUUUUGCUAUUUCCCCACUAAAAAGCAACAUUUAAUUUUUGAGUUGCACAUUUGCAGCAGUGGUUGUGGGCGGAGAGUCUGCUUAUUUAUUUGGUUGGGUUUUACUACAAUGUACUGUCAUGGCAACUGCUCUAAGAGUGAGUGCAUCUGGAGGUAAUUCGUACACAUCAUGUCGAAUGCAGCAAAAUUACCUUGUACCAUUUAAACUUUUUCAACCACUGGGCAAGGUUACCCCUUUGAGACUCCGGAGCAGCUUCUUCUUACUAAACAAACAAAUACAUAAACAAACUUGGCAGAGCACUAGGAGCAAUGCCAAACAUUUCUUGAUGUUUGGAUGCAGAGCCUGCUGCACAGUUAAUUUAGGUCCAGUACCUUGGGUGUUUUCCCCAGUUCUGCUGAUGCACAGCAAGCUUUCCAUCCUGUUCAUGUGGAGGCAGAAUGUUGUGCCCAGCCCAGGUGCUGUUUGGGCAGGCAUUGGCCAGACUAGUCUCCCUUGGCUCCAGGAGGCAUUGCCAUGUGCUGCCCAGGCAAGUGCCAGAUCCUCUCAUCCUGGCAUUGACGUGGCCUCUAGCUGUUUCUUUUUUCAUCACUACAAGUAUGGAGAAACUAUCAAAAUCCACUGACCAAUCACACAAGUGGCAUUAAAAGGGACUAAAUUGAGCCAGUGAGGCAGUUUCAAGCAUAAUAUUCCUGACCUUUGCUACAUGGUCUUGAUGGCCCUUUUCCAGCCAAGAUGUGGGCACUGCUUGAUGAGACAGAAAGCUCCAGCUAUCCCAGCAUGGCCUCUCCAACACCAGCAACACAGAGUCAUCUGAGAACUUGGGCUUGAAGCAUUUCUCUCGGUGAAUAAACCAAAAGAACUGUGAAACCCUGAAUUACAGCUGGGUAGAAAUGACUGCAAAUCUGAUAUAUUUAUCUAGUCUUAUCUUUCUGCUGGGUGGGGGGGAAAUCUUAAGCCUUUUGAAGUGCUGUGUGAGUGCAGCCGCUGCCAUCUCACCGCUGAGGGCUUGCAGCAGCUGCACUGGGCAGAGCUGCCUUGGGCUGAGAGAGCCUGGCCACCGAGGCCCCUGCCCUGCUGACCCAGCCUCACCUCGAGGCACUGCACGGAGCGUGGCCAUCCCAGCCCCAAUCUCAGGUGGCCGAUACCUGCACACUGCUGCUUUCAGAUCACACAGCCUCCACUGGGAACAGCUCAAGUUUACAGUAGCCCCAUGGCAGGAACAACUAGUGAAUCAAAUCCCACCUAUGCUCACAGACAAUAUUUCUUCAGAUGAAUUAGUGCAGUAACAUCCUGCAGGAUCUAAUUAUUGCUAAUUUUCCAUUCAUUUGUCUCGAUACAUCUGACCCUUUUACUGCAAUUCUUGAGCACUCACAACAUUGAUCAGAGAUUUAACUCUAAGGGUCAGCUCUUUAGCUGGUGUAAAUCAAUGCAUUUUCUUUGGCUUUGGAGCUGAUCCGAAGGGAGGAGUGUAACUUCUGCUGCAGAGAGAGCAGUCAGAAUUCACUGAAGAUGCUAUAGCCUGGCAGUGCUUCGCAACUGCUCAUGCUCACCAGCCCUUGGAGAAAGAGUAGCAAUCAGCACAUUGAAUACUUCUGGAUAUUACUCAGUCCUCUACAAUUAAAAUCAGCAUACAUGUGCUUUAAAAAAUACCAGUAAUAAAAGUACCUAAAUCAGGUCUUCAAGAUCAUCUGAAUUGUAUGAUUCGAGACAGAGACUCCUGGCUUGUGACAGCCUCACUUAGGAAUUGAAGAUAAAAGGUCACACAAAAGGAAUUCAGGCUCAACUGACAAAAGAUUUAACUGAGCCUUAAUUUACUUUUGUCCUAGAAGUUUUGGAUCUUUGGUUUGGUUGCUAUCUAAGACAGAAAGAAUUUGCACAACCAAAUGAAAAAGGGAAUGGGUGGAGACUAAAUUGGUAACAUUUAUUUAAUAAAGCAGCAUAAGUGAGCAUCCACAAAACUUUCAAUCAACAACUGAAACAAGAAACAGUGAGCAGAUGUACGUUGCCAGGACUGUGGAUUUCAGGAGUGUGCCCCAACUGCAAGCUAAGCAAAAGUCAUAUUUUCUUUUCUGGAAAACACUGCAUCUUUUCUCAGCACUUGCCUGGCUCCACAGAGAAAGGAUAGACUGGGAAAACAUGAAUUUAUGGGGAGAUGCCAGCUUUUAUUUGCCACGGGAGGUUAAAGGUUCCCUACAGUACAAAGGAGAUUUUCUUGCCCAGACAAUCCCAUCGUGGUACAUAUCAGCAGAAGUAAAGCUGCAAAACUCAGCAAUGAUCAAGAGAGAUCUGCUGAACUUGAGCUGAAAUUUUUUCAAACAUUCACUAGCUUUUCUCUAUAUGCAUUCCCACAUCAACAAUUGGCAAUAUGAAUCCAGUAAAAAAAAAAAAGCAGGAUCUCUGGUUUCUGUUAAAACAACACACACAGAACCCCCAAAUAUCCUUCCAACAUAAAGUUCAAUUUCUUUGUGCUGCACAGAGAUUAAUAAUUAUUAUCUUAUCUAUUGUGAGUUGAUGCAAUUUCUUUUUUCCUCCCACACACCCACACUUCUGUUUCCUUCUGAUCUUCAUUUGUAGCUGAGCUACUGUUUAGCUGAAAGGAAGGAAUUUGUUAAUACCGCCCUAAAAAGAUGCCUGUUCAUGCAGUGACAAAGGAUGGAGAUGUUGGCUAUUGAUAAAAGAAAAUAAAGAACUUAUUUUCCAAACAUCCGAAGAGAAAUAACCUCAUCAUUCAGGUUUCAGCAUCGGCUGUUUGGCAGCUCGGCAGGGCACAAUGAAGGCAUCACCCCAGGAGCCCACGGAGCCCCUGAGUCAGCCAGGCGCCUGAGGCUGGCAGCAGUGCCACAGCAGACUGGUCUCUGCUGCAGCCAGCUGGGAAGAAGCUUUUCAUCAGGAGAAGGAACCAAAGUGAUGGGCUGAACUUAUGGGAGGAAUGAGUGUCUGGUCAGGCGAAGAUUUGGAGGCCUGUUGGGAAGCGUGAAGGGCCAGUUUCAGUAAGGGCAUGGCCAAAGCUUUCUUCAGGCUACAGAAGUUUCUCCGUCGGAUCCAGUUUCUGCUCUUCUUCCUCACAGCAGCUUACCUGAUGGCUGGCAGCCUCUUGCUACUGCAGCGGACCCGCUUGGUUCUCCAGCAAGGUUCGCGUGGGACCCCCACUAACCAGGCCCUGCCUGUGCUGGAGGAGAUGAGCAGGGUUGGGAUCAUAGACCCCAGGGCCCUGCAGAACCCCCGCCCCGGCCCCAGGCUGCUGGUGGGCGCGGAUGCACUGCAGGAGCCGGCCCUGGACCAGCGGCACAGCCCGCACUGGCUCACGUCUCGCAACUCGGAGCUCAGGCAGCUGAGGAGAAGGUGGUUUCACAGGUUCACCAGCGAUCAGGAGCCCCUGCAGACAGCAGGAUUGAAAGCAAUGAAGCACACUGUUGAACACAAAGGCACCUACAUGGGCUGCUUCACUCAGGAUUCGAGGGAGAGGACACUGAAGGGAGCUGUCUUUUAUGACUUAAGAAAAAUGACAGUAGCUCACUGUCAAGAAGCUUGUGCUGAGAGAGCUUACAGCUACGCAGGCCUGGCAUAUGGAGCAGAGUGCUACUGUGGGAACACGCUGCCAGCUGCUGCCGCCAAGGCCGAGGAGUGCAACAGCGAGUGCAAGGGGGAGAAGGGCUCUGUGUGCGGCGGGGUGAACCGGCUCUCGGUCUACAGCCUGGAGCAGCUGCGGCCAGCAGCCAGGCCACGGAGGAAUGUUAUCUAUCGAGGAUGUUUUAGAGCUCCAGAAAAUUUAACAGACACCUUUCCAGCCUCAUUGAUACAGCCCAAUUUGACGGUGGAGAUGUGCUCUGAAUUUUGCUCCAAGAAAGAGUUCCCGUUGGCAGUGAUCCGAGGGCAGGAAUGCUACUGUGGAUACCCCACCAGGCACUUCUCGCUGCGCGAGGGCACGGAUGGGCGGCGCUGCAGCGGGACCCACAACGUCAGCAGCGCUGCUGGGGGACAGUACUGCCUGGUCUAUCAGACACCUGUGCAAGACACCCGCUGCACAGACAGGAAAUUCUUAACCACUAAAUCCAAAGUGUUUGUUGCUUUGUCAAGCUUUCCUGGAGCUGGGAAUACGUGGGCACGCCAUCUGAUAGAGCAUGCCACAGGAUACUACACAGGAAGUUAUUACUUUGACGGAGCCCUCUACAACAAAGGUUUCAAAGGAGAAAAAGAUCACUGGAGAAGUAGAAGGACCAUCUGUGUGAAAACACAUGAAAGUGGCAAGACAGAGAUCGAAAUGUUCGACUCGGCGAUCCUGUUGAUAAGGAACCCAUACAAGUCACUGAUGGCAGAAUUCAACAGAAAAUACGCUGGGCAUCUGGGCUAUGCCACUGACCACAACUGGAAGAGCAAAGAGUGGCCGGAUUUUGUGAACAGCUAUGCCUCCUGGUGGGCCUCCCAUGUCCUGGAGUGGCUGAAGUACGGGAAGCGCCUGCUCAUUGUCCAUUAUGAGGAGCUGAAGCAGAGCCUCAUCCCCAAGCUGAAGGAAAUGGUGGAGUUUCUGAAUGUGACAGUGACAGAGGACCGUCUGCUCUGUGUGGAGAACAACAGGGAUGGGAAUUUCAAGCGGUCUGGUGCUAAGCAAAAGAAUUUUGAGCCAUUCACCCAGGAAAUGAAAAAUCUUAUCAACAGAUACAUCCUGACAGUGGAUGAAGCCCUAAGGGGAAGAAAUUUCUCAGGGCUGCCCAGGGAAUAUGUGCCAAGAUGAUAGGCUGGUAUCGCACUGCUGUGGUUAAAAAUGAAGUUGGUUGUUUUUUUUUCUUAAAAAAACAGAAAAAAAGCCAAAAAAAAAAA